AUGACAACACCAUCGCUGGCGCUUGAAAAGUUUGACUGCGAAGGAAAAACCAACAUUGCCGACUCCCUUUCCAGACUAUGUAAGAACCUCGACGAACGGAACAGUAACACUAAAGGAAAAGAUUUUGUACAAAACAUAGUAGAACAGAUAAGACCAGUAGCAAUAUCGCUACAAGAAAUAGAAAGCAGUUCUAAAGAGGACUCGGAUAUACAAAAAGUAAAGACAGGCCUGUAUGACUCCAAAUGGGACCAACAAAUAAAGAGUUAUAAAAUCUUAGAAAACGAGUUGUGUUUUUGUGGCGAUAUUCUUUUAAGGGGUAGUAAAAUUGUUAUACCAAAAACACUGCGAGAAAAGGUUUUAGAAGCCGCCCACGAAGGUCAUCCUGGAGUCGUUGGAAUGAAAGCUAGGCUUAGAGCUAAAGUAUGGUGGCCCAGGUACGACAAGGACGUUGAGAGACUGGUGAAGUCGUGUAAAGGAUGCACACUUGUUUCAGCGCCAAAUCCCCCAAAUCCGAUCAAGAGAAGGGAAUUGCCAACACACCCCUGGGUUGAUAUUGCAAUUGAUCUCUUAGGUCCUUUGCCGUCUGGGGAUUACCUUCUGGUAGUAAUCGACUACUAUUCGCGGUAUAAAGAAAUAAAGGCUUGCCGCGAUAUAUCAAGCAAGGCUAUGAUAGCUAUAUUGAAGGAAAUGUUUAGUCGACUAGGAUGUCCAAUCACGAUUACGGCGGACAACGGUAAACAGUUCGUUAGCCAGGAGUUCAGAGAUUUCUGCCAAAAUAAUGACAUCCAUUUGUUCAACACUAUCCCUUAUUGGCCCCAGCAAAAUGGAGAGGUGGAACGCCAGAACAGAGACAUUAUUAAACGUUUAAAGAUAAGUCAAAUUGACAAAAAGAACUGGAAAGAUUCGCUCUUGGAAUAUCUGACUAUGUAUAAUAGUACUCCCCAUACGACUACGGGAAAGACGCCAGCAGAAUUAUUUUUCCAACGGAAAUUUAGAGACAAGAUACCGAUGAUAGAUACGUUUGAAUAUAAUUAUAAAGACCAAGAUAUGGACGUCAGAGACAGGGACAGAGAGCAAAAAGAAAAAGGAAAAGAAUACGCGAACAAAAAGAGAAGAGUUGAGGAUGGAAACAUAAAAGUAGGGGAUGAGGUUUAUGUUAAAAAUAUGAAUAAGACAAAUAAGUUAGCUCCAAAUUAUGAGCCAACCCGUCACACUGUAGUAUCUUCUAAAGGCGGAGAUGUAAACAUUGAAAAUAACGAAACUGUACAAAGACUGAGAAGAAACAUGAUGCAUUUAAAAAAGGUCGAAGGACAAUGGAAAAUCUUGGACGAAGAGAUGACAGAGACGAAUGGUGGCGAAUCAGAUAAUUAA